UCCAGGAAGCCAUGCGUCAUGUCAGCAGGAGCCAGGGGCAGACGGUGAGCUCCGCUCAACAUGUGCAAGCGGCCAAGAAAUGACCUGUCCGGACGAGCCCGGGCGACUCAUAAACUGGCUCCUCUGCUCCCUGUGCGUGGUCCGGGCACGCAAGCUCUGGAGCAGCCGGCGUCCGAGGACCAGGAGGAACCUCCUGCUGGGCACUGCCUGUGCUAUCUACCUGGGUUUCCUGGUGAGUCAGGUGGGACGGGCCUCUCUCCAGCACGGGCAGGUGGCCGAAAAGGGGCCACACCACAGCCGUGACGCAGCGGAGGCCUCAUUCCCUGAGAUACCCCUGGAUGGCACCCUGGCCCCUCCGGAGUCCCAGGGCAAUGGGACCACCCUGCAGCCCAACGUGGUGUACAUUACCCUACGCUCCAAGCGCAGCAAGCCUGCCAACAUCCGUGGCACGGUGAAACCCAAGCGCAGGAAGAAGUAUGUGGUGGCAUCUGCGGUCCCCGCCCAGGAGGCCUUGGCUGGACCAUCUCUUCAACCGCAGGAACCUGCCAGGGCAGCUGAUGCAGAGAUGCCUGGGUAUGCUCAGGGAGAAUACCCGGCCAACCUUGGAGAGCGACCAUGGAGAGGGGUGAGGGGUGCGCAGCUGCCCAAGGUCCAGGAGAGCAACAUCAGGAUCUACAGCGAGCGCGCCCCCUCGUGGCUGAGCAAAGAUGACAUCCGUAGAAUGCGGCUCUUGGCCGACGGUGCGGUGGCGGGAUUCCAACACGACUCCUCCGGCCGCGGGGUCCUCUUGCUGGUGCUGGAGGGGGGUGCCUCUGGCGCCACACCCCGCUGUGGCCCCAGCCCCUGCGGGCUGCUCAAGCAGCCCCUGGACAUGAGUGAGGUGUUCGCCUUCCACCUGGACAGGAUCCUGGGCCUCAACAGGACCCUGCCGUCUGUGAGCAGGAAAUCGGAGUUCAUCCAAGAUGGCCGCCCAUGUCCCAUCAUCCUCUGGGACCCAUCAUUAUCUCCAGCAAGUAAUGAAACCCAUUCUUCUGUUAAGCUCACCUGGGGAGCUUACCAGCAGCUGCUGAAACAGAAGUGUUGGCAGAAUGGCCGAGUCCCCAAAGCUGAAUGGGGCUGUACUGAAAUCCAUCACCAUGAGUGGUCCAAGGUGGCGCUGUUUGACUUUUUGUUACAGAUUUACAAUCGUUUAGAUCCGAAUUGCUGCGGAUUCAGACCCCACAAAGAAGAUGCCUGUGUCAAGAAUGGACUGAAGCCAAAAUGUGACGACCAAAACUCCGCUACUCUGGCGCACAUCGUCCAGCGAAAGCAGGACCCAAGGCAUUUGGUCUUUACAGACAAUAAAGGUUUCUUUGACAGAAGUGAAGAUAAUUUAAACUUCAAAUUGUUAGAAGGCAUCAAAGAGUUUCCUGAAUCUGCAGUUUCUGUUUUGAAGAGCCAGCACUUACGCCAGAAACUUCUUCAGUCUUUGUUUUUGGAUAAAAUCUAUUGGGAGAGUCAAGGAGGUAGACAAGGAAUUGAGAAGCUUAUUGAUGUCAUAGAACGGAGAGCCAAAAUUCUUAUCACUUACAUCAGUGCACACGGGGCCAAAGUCUUACCUAUGAAUGAAUGACAGAAGUUAACUGCUGGCCAGAGGGCUGGAUGUUUUUAUGCAGUUUUGUUUUGUUUUUAAAUAAAGCACAGUGACUUUU